GAAUAAUCGCAAUUGACCAAUGUCUUGUCUCUUGUCUCUAAGGAUUGACCUUUAACAGCCUCGUCGUCUACUAUCCAUCCCACUUCGCCUACCCCUCCAGAAUCAGAAGAGAAUAGAGCAGAUCACCAAAAUGACAAGCGAAACGUCAUCACCGUCUUCGAAUCCCCCUACAACUCCCGCGGAGCCCUCCGCGCUGACAACACUCAUCUCCUCCGCCGCCAUCUCUCCCACCACUCCCCUCUCCGCAGCAACCCUCCAAGUCCUCCACAACCUCCAACACCAACAUCUCUGGACUUCACUCCAAAUCCACCGUCUCCCCCUCCCGGAAGCCCCACCAUCCUCAUCCGAUGUAUCAUAUGUAUCAUCAACAGCCACAACCGCCUUCGUGAUAUCCGGUGUCCCGCCGAACAGAAUCUACACUCACCCCGACGAACAACUUUUCAUGCUCGAGCGUGGUCUUCGCGAUAACGACAUUGAUCCGGAGCGCACAUUUGUCCUUCCCACUGUAGAAGGGCAAUCGUGGAGUUUGCGGAAGAUGGCGGCGGUUUUUGACUCGUUGCCGCAGGUCAAUGAGGGUUUGGCUUCGCUGGCUCCCGAGGGAGGGAGUAAAGGAGAGGAAUUGCAGUCAAGGGACGAGAAGGAGGCUAAGAUUGCUGAGUAUCUGGAGUAUCGGAAUUCUGCACGGAUGACCAAUGAGUGGGGCGGGAAGCGGUUGUUGUUGUCUAUGGUGGAUAGGAAUAUGGGUGGUGAUGGAACAGUGGUUUACUAUGUGGUCCAGGAGGGUGCAGUGAAACCUCGGCAGAAUUGAAAAAGCAUCUCAUACUUGAUAACAUUUGUGAUAGGCGUUACGGAUAUAUACCCCGGUGUUGGAAAGCAUAGGCUUACAGAGUAGAUCGAGCAAUUGAGACAUCCGCAU